AUGGGUCAAAAAGAAUCUAUGUCACCACCGCCAUUUGAUUCAGAUCCGUUUGAUUGUUUAAAAAGAAAUUUUACGGAAGAAGAACUUAAAAAAUGUUUUCGUCAUUUUGAUUCUACAAAUCAAGGAUCAUGGUCACAUGAUGAUUUUCAACGUUUUCUCAAAGAAUUAUUUUCAAAUAAACGACAACCCUAUUUUCUUUUAACUGAACUAGUUGAACAAUACUUUCAAGAAACUGAUUUCAAUCAGGAUAAUCGAAUUGAUUUUGAUGAAUUUCAACAAGCAUGGAAAGAAACAUUAAAAACAACAUUGAAACCCGUCAGUGCAUUGGUUAUAGUUGAUGUUCAAAAUGAUUUUAUAAGCGGUACAUUGGCUUUACAUUCGUGUCCAGCGAAUCAUCAAGGUGAAGAAGUUGUUCCUGUUAUCAAUCGUGUAUUAAGAAAUGUUCGAUUUGAUGUUGUUGCCUAUACAUACGAUUGGCAUCCACAUAAUCAUAUAUCAUUUUAUGAAAAUCGAUAUUUAAGAGAAAUAGAUCCAGAAAGUAAAGUUAGCGCAGAUGAAGCUAAACUUCUUGAUUCCCUUAUAUUUGUUGGUCCACCAAGAGUUGAACAAGUUCUUUGGCCAGCUCAUUGUGUACAAGAUACUCGUGGUGCUGCUCUUCAUAAAGAUUUGAUUUUAGUUGAUAAUGCAAUUCAUGUGUUUAAAGGAGCAAAUCCAAAUGUUGACUCAUAUUCAGCAUUUUGGGAUAAUAUGAAAUUAGCUAAAACAACUUUAGAUGAACAAUUGAAAGAGCGAAAUGUGACUGAUGUUUAUGUUGUGGGACUUGCCACAGAUAUUUGUGUUUCUGCAACUGCGAUGCACUCACUUGAACAUAAUUAUCGUACAGUAUUAAUUGAAGAUGCUUGUCGAGGUGUAGAUGCAAAAGAAAUUGAAGUUAAAAGACUUGAAUUAAAUAGACAUGGCUGUAUAUUUGUUGAUUCAAACGUGGUACCAGGAAUGGUGGAUGGUAUUGAUCGCCGUCCAGAAUUAACUCGUAACAUAUUUAAGGAAAAUUUAAAUAAUAUUCGUUUGAAGAAAAACAUUCCAAAUGAACGUUGA